AUGAUGGGAUUCUAAUCUUAAAAUUAGAUCGAUCAAAUACAAACACAUUAGCAACUGCCAUGCUAUUAAAUCAAGAAAAUUACCUAUGUUAAGCAAGUAAAAGAAGUGUCCACUCAAACUAUCUCUAGUCCAGCUGGUUGUUCUUGCAUAAAUUUCAAAUCUUUGGAUCACCAUUAAAUGAUCUCACAUCAACAGAUCAACCAUUGUGAAACAGAGCGAUCAAGCAAGUGUAGAGAUAAUUCAAAAACAUAUUAAUAUUAAUCAGAAGAUCUCAAAUCCUAACAAACAAUCUAAGUAAAAGAUUAAUUGUAAGAAGAGGAUAUAAAAUAGAGAUUGAACUUAGAUUAAAAGGCAAAAAUCAUAUUCCAAAGAGGUCCAGAUAUUGAUGUCAUGUAAAUUCCACAGUAUACUUUUGUGCCCUCUUUAAAGACUUUUAUUUAUGUAAAAGUCUAUAAACCAGAAUCUAAACGCUGGUCUUCUCUGUUUAUGUGUGAAUUUAAAGAAUGCAAAAUGAAUUUCAGAAAAUGGAAUAAUCUAUAUGAUCAUCUGAGGUCUCACUGCGAUGAGCGGCCUUAUGAGUGUCCAGUUGAAAGUUGCGGCAAGUAGUUUACUCAAAAAAGUAAUUUAGAAAAACAUUUGAGAAUACAUAAAAACAAAUCCUAUCUGAAGUGCUCAGUUUGUAAGAGAUUUUUCACGAAAUUUAGAAUUAUCAAGCAUUUUUUAAUGAAUCACAAUUAAGAAGAUAAUUCGGGAGAAUUUUCAUUUCAAAAUGCUCUUGAAACAAAUAAAGAAGUCUUAUAAAUUAAAGAAGAUGUCCUUGAUGUGUAACAGAUUCAAUUUGCUUAGAAUGAAUGA